GGACCAGCAAGGAAGACACAUCGAAACAAGUUUCACCAAGUCAUCAUGGCACCGAAGACCGUUGCGGAAAAGGCGUCUGCUGCUGCCUCGAGUUCGACCGUCCCGGCCAAGAAGAUCGGCAAAGGCAAGGCGAAGAAAUCGCUCGUGAAGAGCAGUGUCAUCGCAAGUGGAGGAUUGGACAAGCCGAAGAAGCGUAAGCCCCGCCGCAAGGAGCACUUCGGAACGCACCUGUACAAGGUGCUGAAGCAGGUCCACCCGGACACGGGCAUCUCGUCCAAAGCGAUGAACAUCAUGAACAGCUUUGUGAACGACAUCUUCGAGCGGCUGGCCGGGGAAGCGGCCCGACUGGCGCACUACACCUCGCGGAAGACCAUGUCCUCCCGGGAGAUCCAGACGGCCGUCCGACUGCUGCUGCCCGGCGAGCUGGCCAAGCAUGCCGUGUCCGAGGGGACGAAGGCCGUGACCAAGUACACCACUUCGAAGUAGACGCCGGUUGCUGCGAUUCAUAGAAAACAAACGGCCCUUUUCAGGGCCACCAAAAUUCUCACGAAA